AUGGCCUUGCAAGAAGAAACCAAAAAGGUCGUGUCGCAGUUUGAUUUCUCCGACGCCGACAUCAACUCCCAUGUCGCCGAGUUCAUUAAGCAGAUGAGUGCGUUUUCCCCAAUUUCGAAGCGCCCUUCUGCUUGCGUUGCUGCGCAAUGGCUAAUCACCCUCUACCCAGACACUGGCCUUAAGCAGGACGGUACCAGCCUGAGCCAAAUCCCGACCUACGUCACUGCUGUUCCCAAUGGCACUGAAAAGGGCCUAUAUCUUGCCGUCGAUCUCGGUGGCACCAACUUCCGCGUGUGCUCAAUCAUGCUUAAUGGUGACACCACCUUCAACCUGACCUACAAUAAGGUCGCCAUUCCUAAGAAGCUUAUGGUUGCCAAGACGGCUCGGGAGCUCUUUGCUUUCCUUGCCAAGCAGAUCGAGCUCUUCCUUCGCGAGCAUCACGCCGAGCAUUUCGAAAGCCACGUCCGUCGACGCCACACAGCCAGCACUCCAAUGGGCUACCGCGACGAACACAUUUUCCGCCUCGGCUUUACCUUUAGCUUUCCCGUCCAGCAGCUUGGAAUCAAUAAGGGCAAGCUUAUCCGAUGGACCAAGGGUUUCGAUAUCCCUGAUGCCAUCGGUAAGGAUGUUUGCGCUCUGCUCCAAGAUGAGAUUGACAGACUCCGACUCCCGGUCAAAGUCGCUGCCCUUGUCAACGACACCGUUGGUACGCUCAUGGCCCGCUCCUACACAUCGGUCGGCAAGCAUCAGUCUAUUCUUGGUGCUAUUUUCGGCACCGGCACCAAUGGCGCGUAUAUGGAGAAGACUUCCAAUAUCAAGAAGCCCAUCACGGGCGACUACGACACUUCUACCGGCGAAAUGGUUGUCAACACCGAAUGGGGUUCAUUUGACAAUCAGCUCAAUGUUCUUCCCAACACACCCUGGGACAAGAAGCUUGACAAGGAGAGUGUAAACAAAGGCUUUCAAAUGUUUGAGAAGCGUGUCUCUGGCAUGUUCCUUGGCGAAAUCGUUCGACUAGCCAUUGUAGAUAUGUUGCAGAAGAAGUCUACUGGCCUUUUCCAAGACAACAACUCGAGCUUCAACGAUCAUGUCACCACCACCAGCAUUGAUCCCAAGUCCACGCUCUUCACACAAUGGGGCCUAGACAGUGCCGUCAUGUCGGUCGCCGCUAGCGACAACACCCCCGAACUUUCCACCCUGCGACAGGAGUUGGAAAAGACUCUGGGCAUCUACUCUGCGUCUCUUGAGGACGCACAGGCGUUCAAGGCCAUUGCCAAUGCUGUCGCGCGUCGCGCUGCCCGACUUUCUGCUGUUGCCAUUGGUGCCAUUGCUAUUCAGUCCGGCAAGCUUGACGAUCCCGAAUGCGAGCUUGUCGACAUUGGUGUUGAUGGCAGUCUUGUUGAGCACUAUCCGUUCUUCCGUGACAUGAUUCACGAAGCUCUGCGAGUCAUGGAUGGCAUUGGCCCCAAGGGCGCCGAAAAGAUUCGCAUCGGCAUUGCCAAGGAUGGCAGUGGCGUUGGCGCUGCUUUAAUUGCGCUGGUUGCUGCCAGUCGUGAACAGCCUGGCGAUUUCCUGGCUGACUUACGUACUGAUAUUAAGCGUGGUCUCGACCGCCUUCCCCAACAAAUCGAAGAGUCGCCCCUGUCGCACAAUGCGGUGCUUGCCAUUGGCGCCAUUGCUGCCAUUGGCGUUGCGGCUUUGUGGUACUGGAGGCGACAAUAG